GAACCAUUUCAAAUUCUCGCUAGUGCUGAAUCGUAACGUCAUUUUUCUUCCCCAAAAAUUCAAAACCCCAGCAUUUCCGCCAUUUCCUGCUAGACUAGUCGCCAUUUCCGCCAUGUCUACGACGAAGAAGGACAACAGCAACUUAAAAUCGUGCCCUUUCACCGUCACCGUUCGCCGGAACCCUCCCCGGCGAGCUCGUGCUACUCCUUCCCACGGAAUUGCACCGUUUCCCAACGAAGAAAUUUUGUCCGAGCAAGUAUCACACAUUCCAUCAGCAACGUCAGAGGACGAGAUUCUGAAAAAUCCAUCAUCAUCCGAGAAUGAGAAUCCGAUAAACCCAACUGCAUCGGAGAACGAGAAUCUGAUAAAUCCAACUACAUCGGAGGAGAACGAGAAUCUGAAAGUUUUUCUCAGAAUCCGUCCAUCUCAACCUCCAAAUCAAGCUCAGCGCGUGAGAGCCAAAACCGCGUGGCCGAAAAAGCAAACGAAGAAUGUAACUAACAAUUUGAAGAAGAAAAGCUCCUCUUCGUGCAUAUCCAUGAACGAUUCACAGUCAGUGACGUUAUUAGUUCCUUCGGAUUUGCAAGAUGCGAAGAGAGUAAAAUCAGAAACAUACGGUGGUUUCAGUCACGUUUUUCCUUCCGAUUCCUCUCAGUUGGAAGUUUACGAGAGAAUGGUGAAACCUAUGGUGGAUGAGUUUAUGAAGGGUAAAAGUGGAAUGUUGGCUGCAUUAGGUCCCAGUGGGUCUGGGAAGACUCACACGGUUUUCGGAACCCCGAGGGACCCUGGAAUGGUGCCUCUUGUCCUACGCCAUAUUUUCAAGGAGACUGAGGCUUCUAGAUCCUAUUACGUAGCUAUAUUCGAGAUAUAUACUGAACGGGGAAAAUCAGAAAAACUGUUUGAUUUAUUACCAGAUGGCAGUGAACUAAGUAUGCAGCAAUCCACCAUAAAAGGCCAGAAAGAGGUUCUCAUCUCUAAUGCUGAACAGGCAGAAUCCUUGAUAGCACAAGCUGUGAUAAAACGUGCAACUGCAAUGACAAAUACCAACUGUCAGUCUAGCCGGUCACAGUGCAUCAUAAACAUUCGCGACGUUCCUAAAAAAGGUAAAGGAGUGGUCAAUUCUAAGUCAAGCAAUGCUGUUUUGACUAUCAUUGACCUUGCUGGAGCUGAAAGAGAAAAAAGAACAGGAAAUCAGGGGACAAGAUUGGUUGAAAGCAAUUUUAUCAACAACACGUUGAUGGUGUUUGGCUUAUGUUUAAGAUCUUUAUUGGAGCACCAAAAAAAUCCCAAGAAACAAUUGCAGAAGCACUUCCAAAAUUCUAUGUUAACAAGGUAUCUGCGAGAUUAUUUGGAGGGCAAGAAGCGCAUGACCUUGCUUUUAACAGCAAAGUCAGGAGAGGAUGAUUAUCUCGAUACGUCUCACCUACUUAGACAAGCUUCUCCUUACAUGCAAAUCAAGUAUAAUGAAGUUGAACCAUCAAUAAAUAUGGUUCCCAAAAAAAGGCAUCACCAAGCUUCUUCCAUAAUUGAUUGUGCAAAGCAAUCACCUUCAUUAGCACAUUUAAAGAGAAUGAAACUCGUUGGUGAACAUGCUGUGCAGAAUGCUGAAAAGAGUGUUGAAGAAUGUGACACUUCGAAGAAAGAUACUUCAACAGUGUCUAAAUUCGAUGAUAGCAGUUCUGUCCCUUUAAAGUCAGAAUGCAAUAGCCAUGCCGAGAGUGAAAGAAGUCAGAUUAUAAUGAGGAAUUUUGCAAGAGUUCUAUGGAAUGUAUUGAAGGAAUCUAAUUCCAAAUUAAAGGCUGCGGAAAGUGAAAUACUCGGUCUCAAGGAAAUCAUAGGAUAUGAAAAGGAAAAAAAUCUAGAGUUGGAAACGCAGCUGAAUGCCUUCAGGGCUGCCUGUACGUGUUGCGGAGGAGGAAAUGGAAAAACCAAUAUUGAAGAUUGUUCAUUAGUUGAUCUUGAUCACCGGCAUAAUUUGGACCAAGAGGAAUUUAACGCAGAGUCAUCAUCAUUUGAGCCGAGACUUGAUCAGUCAGAUGCUGAGCAUAUGCCUUGUUCUACAUGUUCAGAGCUAGAUUAUGAAAAAUCAGACAGGAAACUCUCCAUCUCAUUGUCAAAGUCAGGGCAUCAUAAUGCUUUGGAGGUUGAUGCUAUGGACAAAAUGCCUUGUGAAAUAUUUCAUUCAGAGUCAUCACUUGAGCCGUCUAAUGAAGAGCAUAUGCUUGGUUCUACCUGCAGGGCCUUAGAACCUGAAAAAUCAGAUGGGGAAGUCCCAGGAUCGUUAUCAAACUCAGGAAUUCAUAAGGCUUUUGAAGUUAAUGCUGUGAGGACCGUACCUAAUGAAACUUUCAAUGCAGAGUCACCAUAUAAGCCUAUAAUUGACCAGUUAGCUGAAGAACAUAUGCUUGGUUCUACCUGUAUGAAGUUAGACUCAGAAAUAUCAGAUAGGGAAGUCUCAGUCUCUUCAUCAAAGCCUGGGCAUGAUAAUUCUUUGGAGGUUGACGCUGAAACGUUCAAUGCAGAGUCACCAUCUAAGCCUAUAAUUGACCAGUUGGGUGAAGAGCAUAUGCUUGGUUCUACCUGUUUGAAGUCAGACUCAGAAAUAUCAGACAGGGAAGUCUCAGUCUCUUCAUCAAAGCCUGUGCUUGAUAAUUCUUUGGAGGUUGAUGUUGGAAUUGACCGGUUGGGUGAAGAGCAGAUGCUUGGUUCUAACUGUACGAAAUUAGACUCUGAAAUAUCAGAUAGAGAAGUCUCGGUCUCUUCAUCAAAGCCUGUGCAUGAUAAUUCUUUGGAGGUUGAUGCUGGAAUUGACCAGUUGGGUGAAGAGCAGAUGCUUGGUUCUAACUGUACGGAAUUAGACUAUGAAAUAUCAGAUAGGGAAGUCUCAGUCUCUUCAUCAAAGCCUGUGCAUGAUAAUUCUUUGGAGGUUGACACUGAAACAUUUCAACCACAGACAUCAUCUGAGCCUAUGACUGGUCCUGGCAGACAGUUAGAUUCGGAAAAAUCAAAUAGUUUAGUCUUGGGCGUUUUGGCCUCCUCAUCAAAACCAGGGGAUCAUAAGGAUUCGGUAAUCGAAGCUAAGAGCAAGAUUCUGAGUGAAUUGUUAGAUUCUUCGCUGUCAACAAAAGACGGCAUUUUGGAUCCUUCAUUGCCCAAAAAUGUCUUAUCUACUGAAACCCAGAAAGAUAAAGGAGUCAGUAAUUCCUCCCUCAAGCCGCCUCCUAGGUCGAAAAGGACACUUAUGCCUUCCUCAUCCAUGUUAUCAAGAAACUUGAGCACCUUUGAUCUUUUUGACGAAUCUGAGAAAUUAAAGGAGAACAGGGGCACAAGGAAGUUAGGUGCACGCGAUGAUCCUAAAAGAUCAAAUGGAAGUAUCUCUCUGCUCCACAUGCUCCAUGGUAGAAAAGGAAAUAUUCGUCACUAGGGUAGCCACCAAACCCUCCUUGAAGAAAAUGCAAAAAUGUUAUGCUUUGGACAAGGGAUAGAUGUCUUUACUUCCUCUGUGGUUGGUUACGACAUUUCGUUUUGGAGAAUAUCUUAUGCCUUAGCUACAUGCUUUGGUUAUUUGAAUUUAAUAGUUUAUGCAAACAAUUGUUUACUUAUUUGUAAGCAAUGCUUUGGUUAUUUGAAUUUAAUAGUUUCUGCAAACAAUUGUUUACUUAUUAAUUAGUAAGCAAUGCUGCAGUUGUAGUGGCCUAGCAGAAAUGUUACUGCUGCAGUUUUACCUUUUAUGCAAGUAAUUCUGCAUUUUUAGUGGCAUAGCAGAAAGUGUUACAACUGUAGAUGGAUUAUAUAAAUACACGACCUCCUAACAUAGAAAUGAAAUCUCCUUCUAUUCGUUUCAAGUCA